CGUCCUUACAGCUGGCUUGUCUUCGUCUCCAGGAAAUCACUUGAAACCUGUUCCGAGAAAAAUGGCUGCAAUAUGCUACAUUUAAUCCUUCAGGAUUUUCAGACGCGUCGCUUGUAAAGUCGCAUGGUGUUCGCCAAGAGUCGAAUGGGAUUUUUGUGAGUGAGUGAUCGCUGGUGAGCUCUAGGCCCUUCAGUGAUGCCUCGGACCGUCGUGAGAUCCUGAGCCGAUCAGAGCUCCGCUUCACAGAGCUGGGCGCUCGACGCACUCCAGGAAGAGAGGUGAAUGACUUGUUGAUGUCCGAUCUCCGCGCUUAAUCCCGCAUGAACCUCAGAGAAAAGUAUCCCAGUAAACCUGGCCACUGAGUUUAUGAACAGUCCGGAGAGAGAGAGGGAAUCAUGCUGCCUCCAUCAAAAAGGGAUUUUGUGUCUCUGACUCUCAGCGAAAGUGGCAGCUACACCAACAGCAAGCAGUGGCGCCGGCAGUCCUGCUGGAGGAAAUGGAAACAGCUGUCCAGAUUGCAGCGCAGCCUGAUCCUGUUUACACUCAUGCUGUUGUUGGUUUGUGGAAUUGCCACAUCUCCCACUCUCAUAGGGCACUGGAGAGAUGGUGUGGUAGGGGAGAACGUGUACGAUGGAAAACAGCCAUUUGUUGUCAACCUGAAAAAUGAGUACAAAUCCAUUCUUCCUGAGCCGCCCUCUGAGAAAAAGGACUACCAUAGACGUGGUCCUCCUGUCUUGCAGAACCGUUUGCAAACCAAAACAAAUGUUUCGGGUCUGUUGGGAGUUGAAAAUCAGGGACCGGACCUGAAGAAUGAAAAUAAAGGAUCUGAAGAAGGAAAGCCAAUCAUUAGUUGGCGUGGAGCUGUGAUAGAAGAAGAACAGGCAUCUGAUACUGACACCAAAGACACAGAAAUCCAAGACGAGACGGCUUCAUUAGCACUUGCUGAGAGCAGGCUGGAGGCUGUGAGAGAAGCUUUUAGACAUGCCUGGAAGGGUUACAAGAACUUUGCUUGGGGUCACGAUGAGCUAAAACCAGUCUCUAAAUCAUAUGGAGAGUGGUUUGGACUUGGGCUGACCCUGAUUGAUGCUCUGGACACCAUGUGGAUCUUGGAUCUCAAAGAGGAGUUUGCAGAGGCUAGGGAGUGGGUGGCCAGAGAGCUCUCCUUCGAUAAGAACGUGGAUGUUAAUCUGUUCGAGAGCACCAUUCGUAUACUGGGUGGCCUUCUGAGUACUUACCAUCUGACCGGAGACUCCAUGUUUCUGGAGAAAGCUAAAGAUAUUGGUUACAGACUAAUGCCUGCCUUCAACACUGCCUCAAAAAUCCCCUAUUCGGAUGUGAAUAUUGGGAAGGGGACAGCUCAUUCUCCGCAAUGGACUUCAGACAGUACCGUAGCUGAGGUCACUAGCAUUCAGCUAGAAUUCAGAGAGCUCAGUCGACUUACUGGAGAUCCCAAAUAUAAGCUGGCUGUAAUGGAGGUGAUGAAGCAGGUGCAUAAAUUGGAUGGAAAGCAAGAUGGGUUAGUGCCGAUGUUUAUCAAUACCAACAACGGGCUGUUCACCCAUCAGGGCAUUUACACGCUGGGUGCCAGGGCUGACAGCUACUAUGAGUACCUACUGAAGCAGUGGAUACAAGGAGGCAAGGCAGAGAACGAAUUGCUGGAUGACUACCUGCUGGCUGUGGAAGGCGUGAAGAAGAACCUGCUGAAGAAGUCUACUCCUUCUGGCCUUACAUUUGUAGGAGAGCUUUCCCAUGGCCACUUCAGUCCCAAAAUGGACCACUUGGUUUGUUUCCUGCCUGGCACACUUGCGCUGGGGGCACAUUAUGGCCUUCCUGCUGAUCACAUGGAACUGGCAAAACAGCUGAUGGAGACUUGCUACCAGAUGUACACCCAGAUGGAGACAGGUCUGAGCCCGGAGAUAGCUCAUUUCAACAUGCAUGAGGGCAGCAUACAGGAUGUAGAUGUAAAGAUUGCAGACCGACACAACCUUCUGCGGCCAGAGACUGUAGAGAGCCUCUUCUACAUGUACAGAUUCACCAAGGAUAAGAAGUACCAGCAGUGGGGCUGGGAGAUCCUACAGAACUUCAAUAAGUACACAAGGGUUCCCACCGGAGGUUAUACGUCCAUAAACAACGUCCGUGACCCGGCCAAUCCCAGCACUCGAGACAAGAUGGAGAGCUUCUUCCUGGGUGAGACACUCAAAUACUUCUACCUGCUGUUUUCCAAUGACCCCAAUCUUAUCAGCUUAGACAAGUACAUCUUCAACACUGAGGCCCAUCCUCUGCCCAUAUGGCCACAAGCAGAGUGAAGGACCCACAAGCACACGUGCAUAACCAAACACACUUCUCUCAGGGCCAUGAACACAUUUGCUAUCCAAACUGCCAUCUUUUUCUACACUAGGAACUCUUUGUAAUUGAAAGUCACUUACAGGUAAAAAAUUUAAAACAGCCAUGACAGAAACUGUUUGUAGAUGUGUAGUUUCUGAUUGUACUAGUAAUCUGUAUGUUUCUCUUAAUAGAGUUUCUGAAUUUUUUACUCUAUUUAUGCUAUUGAUGCUGUCGAUCAGCUAGGCUGCUGAAUUAGCCUAUUGAAUCAGUAUGUGCAGUCUCUCAGCCCAAGCACACAGACAAAAAUGUUCAUACUGUGAAACCUUAUGGGGACUGCAAGCACUUUAUGGUGUGUUUUUAGGUUUUAGUGUGUGUGUUCUCUUAUAAUGAAAUAAUUACUGUUGCUUUUGUUGUGGGGAUUUAGGGACUCUUUGUAAAAAUUGUUUUCUUAACAUAAGUUUUGUUUUCCAGAGCUUAUAUCACCUAUACAAACAUUUGAAACAUUCAGUAUAGUUAUCAGGCAGCAUAAUAUGAUUUAAUUUUAUCUCGUGAUCAAGCACAUGCCAGGGGAAAUGUUUGUUUUUAAUUAUUUCAAAAUUUAUUUUAUUUUUUUAGCUUAAAACCCAAACCUUGCUGUGAGGGAUUUUUAAAAUGUCAUUCCUGUGAAUAGGAGAAAUGUUGAGCUUGGUGUUAGUUAGAGGUUUUUUUUUUUUUUCUAUAUUAAAUGUCGUCUUUUGAAGUAGCAACUCACUAGCAGGUGAACCAUUAUUAUUGUUUAGUUGCAGACUUUUUUUUUUGGUCCCAUUUGUUGUGAUUGCAGUCAGAAUUAUGUAUUUUAAUAGAGCGUUAAUCAAGCACAAUGUUUUUAAGGCUUUAUAUUAUGGCAAUUUUCACUCUUUCAGGAGACCUACAUCAGAUGUGAUUGUGUUUGUGUAUAAAGAACUUUGUAGAUUAUUUUGUAAAAUAUGACAAAUUGGAUUUUGUUUUCUUGGGGUGGUUUUCCUACAACUUUAAAGAAUCUUCAAAAUUCCAAAUGUUUUCUUGCAGGAAGAAAAGUGGAAUGUUUGCUAUUCAUUUUUGCUACUUGUUGCAGAUCAGUUUGUGGGCCUGAGCUUAAAUAGAAUAGAAUGUAAAAAAAAAAAAUUGACCAUUAGAGAAUAUUUCUGCUGUUUACACAGAUUACAGAUGUACUAUGUGGAUUGUAUUUGAAAAGCUUGGUUGAACAUCUCACUGUGCAGAAUCUUACAUUAAUAUUUUCUGAUUGUAUGUACAUUAAAACCAUUGCAUAUGUUCAUCAAGGGCUGAGCAUUAACCGGUUUCUUGUUGUUGUGCUGUUGUGAGGUGUUCCGUUCCACGUGUGCCUUUACAUACAGAGCAAUGACAAAUGUUGACUAUUUUCAAGCCAGAGAAUCAAGUUUUUAUGAGAAUUCAAUCUAUUUUAAACAUCUCAUUCCUGUUGUGAAACUAUCUACAAUUUAUUUUAUGUGAAUAAAUACUUUUGUGAUUAUUUAUAAUACAGUGUGGAAGUGUUAAAUUAACUUGCUAUCUGUAUUCUAUUUCUGGGUAUUUUGUUUUCUCUCAUUGUGUGAGAAACUGAAGACGGCUAGACUCAAUUGAGCUUAUGUAUCUCACAGAUUUAAAAUGAAGGGCUUUUCAGGCCUCGCUCUUAAUUGUUUGUGCAAAUGUCUCAAAAUAUUAGAUGCCUCAUGCAUAUUGACAAAUCAACAUAAUUUUGAAUCAUUCAUACACCAAAGAUGUGACAUGAACUUCAAAAAAUAUUGUAAAACAGGAGUCAUGAGACAAGUAAUAUGUGGUACAGCUGUACAUAUUCCUUGUAAUGAAACAUAAGAGCGAGUUUGUACAUGUUUUUUUUUUUUUUUUCAUUUCUUGAAUGUAUCUUUUUAAUGUCCAUUUCUGUGGAAAAUAAAUGGAUUUAAUCAAUAUUUUACAAGUUUGCAAUGUUGAAAUAAAUUGUACAUAAUGAACUCA